GUGCAAAGGUGGGUGCCAGUUGUUCAGCACAGACUUCCAGGCAGGAGGGAGACACGCCGUCUGGGCCUGGUGCCUUCCUGACCUUUUGUCUCCGGAACAUCUGACACACUUCCUCCUCGUGGAUCUGAAGUGCGGGCGUGGCUUCUGUAAGAGAGAGAGUAGGUAAUAACGAUGAUUCCUGUUUUGUCAUUUACUGUAGGACGCUUCAGCUUCUCUCACCAGGGUGGAGAUGGGCCUCUGCCUAUGAAUGCGAGAAGCUAUGGCAGAAGACGAGGCCAUUCCUCUCUGUUCCCCAUGGAGGAUGAGCGCUCUUUUGGGGAGGAUGAGACCACUGACCAGGGGCUCGGGGGACUUGGCUCGGCACACUGUUUCCCCCACCUGAAUGGGGAGCGCAUAGAACGCUACUCUCGCAAAGUGUUUGUCGGAGGGCUGCCCCCAGACAUAGACGAAGAUGAAAUUACAGCCAGUUUUCGUCGUUUUGGUCACUUGUUUGUUGACUGGCCUCACAAGGCAGAGAGCAAAUCCUAUUUCCCCCCAAAAGGAUACGCCUUCCUGCUCUUUCAAGAUGAGAGCUCUGUUCAGGCUCUGAUCGAUGCCUGCAUCCAAGAGGAUGGGAAACUGUAUCUGUGUGUCUCCAGCCCCACCAUCAAAGACAAGCCUGUAAGUAUUUGCAUGCUCCUUAUGUAUUGUACGUUCCACCUCGCGACAUGCUGCGUUGACCGCUAUUUUGACGUGAUUAUACUGACGUUAACCUUUCGUUGUCUUGAUUCGAGAUACCACAUUUCCACUGUAAUUUCCAUCAAACCUGCCAACGACGACCAAAAGAUUGUUGGAGUUGGGGAAAAAUUGAACAGCAAGUUGUUUGACGAGACGAUAGACCGGCAGCUAAACCGGCUAUCGUUAGCCGAAGUAACUGGGACCACAUCGGGUACGUGCUUCCACUGCACGUGUAAAGAUGGCUACUAUCUCCGGGACAACAUCAACUGUGUGGACAAGGUAGACGGGGAUGACGGCCUCCAGAAGCCUUCAUGGUCCGGCGAGGACGCGCACAGGCUGCCCGCGCAGCUUGAUGGAGACUUGGGAGCUGAGUCAGCCGCCUUCGGAACGAGGCAAACCAGGGAGAGAUACGAUGCGUCCGCAGUCACCACCGCUUCCUCUGCGAGAAAGCUCCACGCGGAACCGGACGGGUCCGCAGGAAGAUACCCAAAACCAUGA